AAACCCCCACACGAACUACAAAAAAAGAUUCGAUUUGAUUCAUAUGUUCUCGUCAUCGUCGUCGUCGUCGUCGUCUUCGUCAUAGCUCAGUCCGAGUUUGACACACCAAAAUCCAAAAUCUUCACUUCACCAUGGGAUCGCUCGACAUGGAUUCCAUGGCCGCCUCGAUCGGCGUCUCCGUCGCAGUCCUCCGUUUCCUCCUCUGUUUCGUCGCGACGAUCCCAGUCUCCUUCUUAUGGCGAUUCGUACCGAGUCGACUCGGUAAACACAUCUACGCAGCUGCGUCUGGUGCUUUCCUCUCUUAUCUCUCCUUUGGCUUCUCCUCGAAUCUCCACUUCCUUGUCCCGAUGACGAUUGGUUACGCUUCAAUGGCGAUUCAUCGACCCUUGUCUGGAUUCAUCACUUUCUUCCUCGGUUUCACUUAUCUCAUUGGCUGUCAUGUGUUUUAUAUGAGUGGAGAUGCUUGGAAAGAAGGAGGAAUUGACUCUACUGGAGCUUUGAUGGUGUUAACGCUGAAAGUGAUUUCUUGUUCGAUAAAUUACAACGAUGGAGUGUUGAAAGAAGAAGGUCUACGUGAGGCUCAGAGGAAAAACCGUUUGAUUGGGAUGCCUUCUCUUAUUGAGUACUUUGGUUAUUGCCUUUGUUGUGGAAGCCAUUUCGCUGGCCCGGUUUUCGAAAUGAAAGAUUAUCUUGAAUGGACUGAAGGGAAAGGAAUUUGGGCUGUUUCUGAAAAAGGGAAGCGACCAUCACCUUAUGGAGCAAUGAUUCGAGCUAUAUUUCAAGCUGCCAUUUGUAUGGCUUUAUAUCUCUACUUAGUUCCUCAGUUUCCGCUAACCCGGUUCACAGAACCAGUGUACCAAGAAUGGGGAUUCUGGAAGAGAUUUGGUUACCAAUACAUGGCGGGUUUCACUGCUCGUUGGAAGUAUUACUUCAUAUGGUCUAUUUCAGAGGCUUCCAUUAUUAUCUCCGGUUUGGGUUUCAGUGGUUGGGCUGAUGAAACGCAAACAAAGGCGAAAUGGGACCGUGCCAAGAAUGUUGAUAUUUUGGGGGUUGAGCUUGCCAAGAGUGCGGUUCAGAUUCCUCUUUACUGGAACAUACAAGUCAGCACGUGGCUCCGUCACUAUGUAUAUGAGAGAAUUGUGAAACCAGGGAAGAAAGCAGGUUUCUUCCAGUUGCUAGCUACGCAAACCGUCAGUGCUGUCUGGCAUGGACUGUAUCCUGGAUACAUUAUAUUCUUUGUGCAAUCUGCAUUGAUGAUCGACGGUUCGAAAGCUAUUUACCGAUGGCAACAAGCAAUCCCUCCGAAAAUGGCAACGCUGAGAAACGUUUUGGUUCUCAUCAAUUUCCUCUACACAGUAGUGGUUCUCAAUUACUCAUCAGUCGGAUUCAUGGUUUUAAGCUUACACGAAACAAUCAUUGCCUUCAAGAGUGUAUAUUACAUUGGAACAGUUAUACCUGUCGUUGUGCUUCUUCUCAGCUAUUUAGUUCCUGUGAAGCCUCUAAGACCAAAGACGAGAAAAGAAGAAUAAUGUUGUCUUUUAAAAACAGCAAGUUUUUUUUUUUUUUUUCCUUGGUUUUGUUCUUCUUUCUUACCGUCUAUGUAUAACAGGAGAAAUUAAAAUCUGAUUUAAUUCUUCUCUUCCCAA